AUGGCAGACCCCUCAAUGUACAACUUCUUCAACAACCAGCCUUGUUCAUCUCCAAAACACAUCAAGAAACAGUCCCAAAGAGCUUCACCAUCUGCUACUCCCAGGCUUUUCCAAUGCCUCUACUGUCCCAGGAAAUUCUACACUUCCCAAGCUCUUGGCGGCCACCAAAACGCUCACAAGCGUAAACGAGCCGCUUCCCGGAGGAAGUUCCCCGUCGGUGAUCGAGAUAACCAGUCCCAGCAAUGCAACUUCCAUCUACAGGUUAACAACCCUUACUCCUCCACCUUCCCUACUGAACCACCGCCGAUGGGCUACCCUGGUGGUGCUCAACGGUGGCUCCAGCCCUUCCAACCCCACCUUCCUCUUGCCGGCUUCGUUCCUCAUCAGGGGUUCAGUGGUGUUUCUUCCAAUGAGACUUUGUCUCCAACCACCGAUGAUGCUUAUGACUCCGCCGCAGUAGAUGUUGACCUCACUCUCCGUUUAUAAAAAGCUACUUUCCUGCC